UUUGUAUCACUUGAACCAACUUGGCCUUUGGCCAUGGCCCUGGACAUCCUACAACACAUCUUCUUAAUCUCCAUAAUUCUGUCUCCCUUCUUCUUCUCUUUAGUAUUCCAAGUUUCUUGCCAUGAAGAGCACUGCUUCGAUUCUUCAAGUAGUCCAACAGCUUGUCCCAACGUGUCAGUCAAAGACCGGAUACUUAGGCUCGCAUAUGAUGAAGAAACAGUGGAUUGGAUGAAGCAGAUAAGGAGGAAAAUACACGAACACCCUGAACUUGCUUUCGAAGAAGUUAAGACGAGUGAGCUUAUUAGGCAUGAACUUGAUCAUCUUGGGGUUGCUUAUCGGUGGCCUGUGGCUAGAACUGGUGUUGUGGCUACAGUUGGGUCUGGUUUUCCACCUUUUGUUGCUUUGAGAGCUGAUAUGGAUGCUCUGCCGAUUCAGGAAUUGGUAGAAUGGGAGCAUAAAAGCAGAGUAGAUGGCAAAAUGCAUGCCUGUGGUCACGAUGCCCAUGUUGCUAUGCUGCUUGGAGCUGCAAAGAUUCUGCAAAAGCUGCGAUGCACGUUACAGGGAACUGUGGUUCUUAUAUUUCAACCGGCUGAGGAACGGGGUGAAGGAGCAAAAGACAUGAUCAAAGAGUCGGUGCUUGAAAAUGUAGAGGCCAUUUUUGGGUUGCAUAUAGUGCCUGAAUAUCCCCUUGGUGUUGUUGCCACACGACCUAGAGAGUUUCUAGCAGGGUGUGGGAGCUUCAAAGCCACAAUUAGUGGAAAAGGAGGUCAUGCUGCAGUUCCCCAACAAACCAUUGAUCCGAUUUUGGCAGCUUCAACAGCGGUAAUAAGUUUACAGAAUAUAAUUUCAAGGGAAACAGACCCUUUAGAUUCUAAGGUGGUCUCAGUAGCCAUGAUUCAUGGUGGAACUGCAUUCAAUGUGAUCCCGGACUCAACAACAAUAGCAGGAACUUUCAGAGCUUUCAGCAAGAAGAGCUUCAAUGCACUUAGGGACAGAAUAGAAGAGGUAAUCAAAGCACAGGCAGCUGUGCAUCGGUGCUCUGCGAAGAUUGACUUCUCAGGAAAGGAACACCCGACAAUUCCUCCAACUGUGAAUGAUGAAAAAGUUCAUGAACAUGUAAUGCGUCUGUCCAGGGAGAUAGUAGGAGAAGAAAACACAAAACUGGCUCCUACUUUCAUGGGGAGUGAAGACUUUGCUUUCUACUUGGACAAGGUUCCUGGAUCGUUCCUAUUCCUAGGCAUUAACAACGAGAAAACUGGAGCCAUACAUCCUCCACAUAGUCCCUAUUACACCAUCGAUGAGGAUGUGUUUCCCAUUGGGGCAGCAAUUCAUGCAGCAUUUGCACAUUCAUAUCUUUCGAAUUCUACAAGAAGUUCAAUUUGAUUAUUCUUAUUGCUAAAUUGUUUUAUUACUGAUCACUAUAUUCCUUCUCUAUUGUUCAUAUAUUAUCAACGUGUUUGAUUGGGUAAAUUAUAAAUUUAGA